CGCAAAUCUAAUUUGGAUUAAAAUAUUAAAAUUAAAAUUAUUAUAUUCUAAAAUAUUUAUUCAUAUUUAUUGUUAUUUUAUGAUAAUUUAAAUAAAUUAUUUACAAUAGUUGUGUUUUUAGCUUACAUUCAGAUAUAUUUUUUUUAAUGUGUAUUAAAUUAUUUUAUAUUAAAGCCUUUACUAUUAAUUAUAAUCGAGAAAUAUUAUAUUUACAUUUGAUAAACAUCGAGAAAUCAAUUAUAUCAUCUUAUUUAGUCAUAUAUUAUGUUGCCAUAGUGAUUAACAAUUAGUAAACUUUAAUAAAUUUCAUUGAACAAAUUAAACAAUAAAAGUUAAAUAAAGCUAAGAUUUCUCAUUAAAUAUUUAUCAUGGAAGGUGACUCAAUAUAUGAAAUAAAUCAUGAAGAACUACCUCAAGAUAGUAUCGACACAUAUAUUAAAGAUCUUGAAGAUAUUAUUCAAGAAAAUGAAUUACCCAAUAAUUCUCCUAAUUGGAUAGUUGCUUCAUUAGAUGAUGUUUUUAUGUGGAUACAAAAACAUUUAAACAGAUUUUUCAAAUCUGAUCAAAUUUUGUCAACUAAACAGCUUAAAAAACAAAUAAAAAUCACUAAAUUAAAUGAUAUGAUAAACCAUCUUAAAAAUAUACAUUCAACUUAUGAAUACAAAUUGGAAAAAAAAGAAAACUUUUAUCAAAAUGCAAUUAAAAGCUUAGAGUCAAAAAUUUCAAAAAUGCUUGAAGAUAAUAGAAAAUUACAGGAUUCUGUGAAAUCAUAUUCAACCCAUGCUACAAUGGAGCUAGAAAAAAUGAAUGUUGUAAUAAAAGAAAUGGAAAUAGAUACUAAAUUUAAGAAAAAUCAAAAGAUGCUACAAAAAAUCACUAAAUCAAAUGGUUUCAUAAACCAUCUUAAAAAUAUGCUGUCAACAUAUGAAUCCGAAGUGGAAGAAAAAGAAAACAUUUAUAUAAAUACAAUAAAAAGAUUUGAGUCAAAAAGUGUAAAACUCGUUGAAGAGAAUGUGAACUUACUGGUAAAUUAUUUAAAAUUAAUCCUUAUAAUAAAGGUGUAAUUAAAAAUCAUGUAGCUGUAUUUCUUAAUAGAAUUCAUUUAUUUAUUGUCAUACGUUGGUAUUGCCACAAUGUAGACACAAAAGUUUUACACAAAUCAAUUAUUGUUAUAUAUAUAUAUAUAUAUAUAUCGACGACGAGUUCGUCUUUCAAGAUCUUCUCGUGUCCUCCCGUUGGAUAAACUGAUCAUACCCAAUCCCUCAAAUUAGUGAACUACCAAAGGGGUAGAAGUUAUCACAUCAUUUCAAUAAUUUUUUUUAUAAAUAUAUCUAUAU